ACGUACGUUGUUUCCUCGUCUUCUCGGAAAAUUCUACCACUUUCUCGAUCACCACCUCCACGUCUGGUAUUAUUCGGUUCGCUCGCUCGCUCGCUCGCUUCCUCACUGCUCCCCACGGAAAUCUUCGGAACCCCACACGGCACACGGGCGGCCGGGGCGUGCUCAGCGGAGGGCUAGGGUUCCGUUCUCUUUCCUCCCGCCGAUUCGUUUGCAGGCGAUCCCUUUCCUCGUCGAUUGCUUGCUGCGGCCGGAAGGCGGUUUCUCGUGUGAAGGCUAGGCUAGAGAAAGAGAAGAACGGCCACAGAAUGGAUAGGAACCAGGUGCAGGAAGAGGUGACCCCGAAUGACUCGGACCCUCUUCUUGGGACGGGGGAGAACAAGGAAUCAGAGUCAUCGGUGCAGCUGUCCGCGCCACAGCCAGCAACUGUGAGCCCGCUGGAGAUCGAGGAUGAGGAGAUCGAUGGCUCUUCUGCUGCGUGCUGCCGCAUUUGCCUCGAGGCUGACUCUGAGAUAGGUGAUGAACUGAUAUCACCUUGCAUGUGCAAAGGAACUCAACAGUUUGUUCACCGUUCAUGCCUUGACCACUGGCGUUCUGUUAAGGAAGGAUUUGCAUUUUCACACUGCACAACUUGCAAAGCUCAAUUUCAUCUUCGAGUGGAGACUUGGGAGGACAACUCAUGGCGUAAAAUGAAGUUCCGGAUCUUUGUUGCAAGAGAUGUUCUCCUCGUGUUUCUUGCAGUACAAUUUACUAUUGCUAUUAUUGGUGCAAUUGCGUACUUCCUAGACAGGGAUGGAAGUUUCCGGAACAGUUUCAGCGAUGGUUGGGAUCGCUUCUUGUCAAAGCAUCCAAUACCAUUCUAUUAUUGCAUAGGUGUUGUGGUUUUCUUUGUGCUGCUUGGAUUUUUCGGGUUGAUAGUGCACUGCUCGUCCUUCAACGGCAACCAGGAUCCAUGCCUAGCAGGAUGCCGGAACUGCUGCUAUGGUUGGGGCAUCCUGGACUGCCUGCCUGCUUCGUUGGAGGCAUGCUUUGCCCUGGUGUUGGUUUUCAUCGUCGUGUUCGCCAUCCUCGGCAUCGCGUAUGGUUUCCUCGCCGCAACUAUGGCCGUCCAAAGGAUCUGGCAGAGGCAUUAUCACAUCCUGACCAAAAGGGAGCUCACAAAGGAAUACGUAGUGGAAGAUCUUCACGGCAACUACACGGCGCCGAAGCUUGAUCCGGAGCACGAGGAGCGGCUGAAGAUGCUGAAGCUCCUCUAGAGAGGUGCCUGCCUCUCUUCAUGGCAACCACAUCAGCAGGCCUCAUCCUCUCGUGUUCCUGAACAAGAAAUGGUCACUUGGGUUCUAGACUGCUGUAAAAGCAAUCACGCUCCUGCCAGUAUCAAACACCAUCUGGCCGCAACAAACGAGAGCUUCUGCUGAGAAAACCUUCUCGGUAACCUUCGUCCAUGACGUGUACAGUUUGUACGAUUCUUGUUUUCUUCUGUUGGUGAAUGCCUGCACGAUUGGAAGUUUGUUGUCUGAAUUAAUCCUGCGAUUUCCUUAUAUUUCGGCAUCUGAAUAAGAUCUGCUCUCAAUGCAUAUGACAUAGCAACAGUCUGAUAAUAUCGAUUGUCUUA